AACGAAGCUCAGUAACACAAACUCCAAUUCUGUUCCCUUGCACCCUUCCUAAUAAAUUUAUGGACAGUCUGGGUCAGGUUGUGGCUGGAUUUCUAUAUUGCUUGAAGACUUGGAAAAUUCUGUGUAUUAUUUCAUACAUGCUUCUGUAUCUUUUUUCAUUUCCCAAUGGGUUAUUAAUUUCACAUCAGAGAAAAGAGUCUAGUUGUGGGAUUUUUUUUCCCCUAAACCAGCAAUUUCUUUGAAUAAAAGUUGAAAUUUCCUUUUUCAAAGGUUUGUAUGUUUUCUUUUGUAUAUUAGAACUAUGACUGUGUUUAUUCUUACAAUAGUAGCAUCUGCAUAAAUCUAACUAUUGCACUUGCCCCAAAAAGCCUUAGAAAAGUCAGUUGCAGAGAUUUGUAAUGAAAUCUAAUAUUACUAGGUUUUAACGCUAUAAUAGCUUCAGUGUUAUAAUAGUCUUUUAUAUUUCCUUUGGGGGAAAAUGGAUUACUACUCUUUUUCAGAAGCCUGUUCCCAAGGUAAUCACUUUUUAAAGUUUUCUAUGUUUCUGUUUGUUCUGAAGAAGAUUUGUUUGUAUGAAUGUUAAAAGGACAUUUAAAUUAGUUUUCAAGGAUAUUCCUGCUGGAAUUAAAAUAACUCUAAGUGAUCUUUAUCACAGAUUUUUUUUUUCCUUUGAACGAGUAGGAAACAGCUAUUUAGCUGGUUCUAUUAUGUAGCAAUUUAAAACUAAUGCUGUAGGCCAUUUUGUGGUUGUUCCCUGUGGCAGAUACUUUUGUACCUUAAAAUUGUAUUUUGCUAUUUAAAUUUUUGUCUCACAGGGCUUUCUUCCUUAGAUAAUUUUGUGAUACAAUUGAGUAUACACAUACUUAAUUUAGAUAUGUUCCUGUAACUUAGUAUAUCAUAAUUUUUUUGUCUUAUAGUCUAGCUUCAAUUCAGUUGAAUAAUAAAUUUACUGUAUAAAAAUUAAACACCUAAAAAGAUUAUUAAACUUCUUCCAUGUAUAGCACAUUAGGCAAGCUAAUUGGAAAUUUGGAGGAAGUAAGCUAGAGAUUUUUCUAAAAUUUUACUAGUUUUCUCUGAAAGUUAAUAAUUUAAAUAUCAUUUAGCCAAAGUAUGUUACUACUAAAAGUGACUGUUCUAAGGCUGUUUGUAUGAAGUAUUAAAUAUAUGUUCUUUUCCUCAAGGCUUUAAUUAGUAUCUUUUGGCCUUUUUAUGCUUUUGUUAUUUGAUUAGCUUAAAUUUUUCUUUUCUGAGUGUUCAGUCAAGUUAUCUGUACUGACCAGAAGAGGAAUUUCAUCUUUUGCUUUCUAUUUAUUACUUGAACAUUACUUUAAAGUGACUUAUAAUUGGAGACUGACAAAUUUGUGUUUUCUUCAAACAGAUGAAAACUUUAUUCUCAAACAUGACAGAGCGUUCCUUUUGUCAAUGGCAAAUCGAGGGAAACAUACCAAUGGUUCCCAGUUUUUCAUAAAGAGUGUUACACCGUGCGCUCCAAAGAAAUUAGACGGGCCUAGUGGCGCAUGUCUGUAUUCCCAGCUACUCAGGAGGCUGAGGCAGGAGAAUCACUUGAAUCCGGGAGGCAGAGGUUGCACUGAGCCGAGAUCGUGCCAUCGCACUCCAGCCUGGGCAACAGAGUGAGACUCCAUCUCAAAAUAAACAAAUAAAAAUAAAAGCACUCUUCUUUCAUAUAAUAGAAUCACUAGCUUCUGUACCAAUUUCUUGUCUUUAGUGUACUUUGGUAAAGUUUUAUAAUUAAAGCACAUUUCUAUCUUGAAGUUACCAUCCAAGGUGGUUUCUGGAUGCUAUUUUAAUGGUUUAAACACUAGUGGCUCACUAAUUCACUAGAUAGUUUUUGUUCUGUUUUCUUUUUGCUGCCUGUUUUUAUAAUUACAUUGGCAUGAAUUUCCACUUUUCAAUCUUCUAAGGAAUAUCUGAGAUUUGUGCUUUUAAAACUUAAUAUUUCCUUUAAAAUUCUGGAACUUCUUAAGUUGACAUUUUAAUUUUUUUUAAUUAAAUUCUGUAGUGCUCUUACAGAACUGAAUAUUCUUAAUGUAAGUAUAAGCAUUACAACUCCUUGUAGAAUAAAUAUUUUUAGCAUUGUUACGAAGGUUAAAAACUGGGUUUUGUUCACUUACAUGUCUUAAAAUUGCCUUAAAAUGAAUACAGAAAUUUAUAUGGGAGCUUCUAGUACAGUUGACUGCUUUAACAUGGCCUGACAUCUAGUGAUAUUUUUCUGUCUUUCAAAUUUCUGUUUUCUAUCUCUUAAAUAUCUGUUUCUCAUUCUUAUAAAUCAAGAUGUUUGUGGUAUAUAAUUCUGAGUCUAAUUAUCUGCUUUUGAAUUUUUUCCACUCCAAUUCAUAUAAUGUGAAGAUCUGUGAAAAUGCUAUGGGAAAACUAGCUUGGGUUCAAAAUAUCUUAACCAAAUAUACCCUGUAGGCUUCCCAAGAGUGACUGUCUGACAGUUGGUGACUGUAGAAGAAGCCGGUUGGGUGUUUUCUGGGCCAAGGAAAUUUAAAAUGUCUGUAAUGUUAUCCAUCAUUACUUUUUGCUGUCAGAAGGGAUGGCAGAUUGAAGCUUUUCUCCCUAUCGCAUUUUCAGAGUUGCUGUGUCAGAGCUCCACCUUGGGUGAAGGAAGAUGGGCAGGAAUUCUGGAAACAGAACUCCUAAGACCUACCUCUGCCUGCAUAAAAAUGUGGACUGACUCAGUAUGAGAAAUAACAAAUAAGAAAACAUUUAAGUGUUUGGGGCAAAUGUUAAUCACACUUUCUUUCCAUAGGGCAAAUAGGAGGUGCUUUUCUUAUUUAAUUACGCUGAUAAAUUUUGAGGGUUUUUUUUUUUUUAAGUGUUUUGUUGUUUUGGAGUUGAGAGUAACUUUAAUUUUUAUGUGUAUUCAUGCUGUGUAUUUAUGGCUACAAGUCAAACUGAUUUCAUAUGUAUACAUACAUAUAGUCUAAUAGAGAUGAUUGUAAUUCAUUAUAAUCUUGAGUUUUUUAAAUUAGUAAGAUGGCUACUAUUGCUGUUUUGGGGUUUUUAAGAUUAGAUAUAUAUCAUGUUUAACUUUUUCCCCUAUCUUUUUAUCUUUACUUCUUUGUUCUCUACAUGCUGUGUUUAAACCUUUCUGCUCUCUUCACCUGAACACAUCGUGUUUGACAUCAUCUUUGUGUUGAUGUUUAUUACAUAGUACCACAAAGCCUGCUCCGCACCUGGAUGGGGUGCAUGUUGUCUUUGGACUGGUUAUUUCUGGUUUUGAAGUAAUCGAACAAAUUGAAAAUCUGAAGACCGAUGCUGCAAGCAGACCAUAUGCAGAUGUGCGAGUUAUUGACUGUGGAGUACUUGCCACAAAAUCAAUAAAAGAUGUUUUUGAGAAAAAAAGGAAGAAACCAACUCAUUCAGAAGGCUCGGAUUCCUCUUGCAAUUCCUCUUCUUCAGAAUCAUCUUCAGAAAGUGAAAUUGAACAUGAGAGAAGCAGAAGGAGGAAACAUAAGAGGAGGCCAAAAGUUAAACGUUCUAAAAAGAGGCGAAAGGAAGCAAGCAGUUCAGAAGAGCCAAGGAAUAAACAUGUAAUGAACCCAAAAGGUCACUCUGAGAGGAGUGAUACCAAUGAAAAAAGGUCAGUUGAUUCCAGUGCUAAAAGGGAAAAACCUGUGGUCCGCCCAGAAGAGAUUCCUCCAGUGCCUGAGAACCGAUUUUUACUAAGAAGAGAUAUGCCUGUUGUUACUGCAGAACCUGAACCGAAGAUUCCUGAUGUUGCACCCAUUGUAAGUGAUCAGAAACCAUCUGUAUCAAAGUCUGGACGGAAGAUUAAAGGAAGGGGCACAAUUCGCUAUCACACACCUCCAAGAUCAAGAUCCUGUUCUGAGUCAGAUGAUGAUGACAGCAGUGAAACUCCUCCUCACUGGAAAGAGGAAAUGCAGAGAUUAAGAGCAUAUAGACCACCUAGUGGAGAAAAAUGGAGUAAAGGAGAUAAGUUAAGUGACCCCUGUUCAAGCCGAUGGGAUGAAAGAAGCUUGUCUCAGAGAUCCAGAUCAUGGUCCUAUAAUGGAUAUUAUUCAGACCUUAGUACAGCAAGACACUCUGAUGGCCACCAUAAAAAACGCAGAAAAGAAAAAAAGGUUAAGCAUAAAAAGAAAGGGAAAAAGCAGAAACACUGCAGAAGACACAAACAAACAAAGAAGAGAAGGAUUCUUAUACCGUCUGACAUAGAAUCCUCAAAAUCUUCCACUCGAAGAGUGAAAUCCUCUUGUGAUAGAGAAGGGAGUUCUCGUUCUUUCUCAUUAUCGUCUCAUCACUCAUCAAAGAGAGACUGGUCUAAAUCUGAUAAGGAUGUCCAGAGCUCUUUAACCCAUUCCAGCAGAGACUCAUACAGAUCAAAAUCUCACUCACGGUCUUAUUCUAGAGGAAGCUCAAGAUCAAGGACUGCGUCAAAGUCCUCAUCACAUUCUCGAAGUAGAUCAAAGUCCAGAUCUAGUUCCAAGUCUGGUCACCGAAAGAGAGCAUCAAAAUCACCAAGAAAAACAGCUUCUCAGUUAAGUGAAAAUAAACCAGUUAAAACAGAACCUUUAAGAGCAACCAUGGCACAAAAUGAAAAUGUAGUAGUACAACCAGUUGUAGCAGAAAAUAUUCCUGUAAUACCACUGAGUGACAGUCCCCCCCCUUCAAGAUGGAAGCCUGGACAGAAACCUUGGAAACCGUCUUAUGAGCGAAUUCAGGAAAUGAAAGCUAAAACAACCCAUUUGCUACCCAUCCAAAGCACUUACAGUUUAGCAAAUAUUAAAGAGACUGGUAGCUCAUCAUCCUACCAUAAAAGAGAAAAAAAUUCAGAAAGUGAUCAGAGCACUUACUCAAAAUACAGUGAUAGAAGUUCAGAAAGCUCACCAAGGUCAAGGAGCAGAUCUUCUAGGAGUAGAUCUUAUUCCAGAUCAUAUACAAGAUCACGUAGUCUAGCUAGUUCACAUUCAAGGUCUAGGUCUCCAUCAUCUAGAUCUCAUUCACGAAAUAAAUACAGUGAUCAUUCACAGUGUAGUAGAUCAUCUUCAUAUACUUCUAUUAGCAGUGAUGAUGGAAGGCAAGCUAAGAGGAGACUUAGAUCCAGUGGGAAAAAAAAUAGUGUUUCACAUAAAAAGCAUAGCAGCAGCUCUGAAAAGACACUUCACAGUAAAUAUGUCAAAGGUAGAGAUAGGUCUUCGUGUGUGAGAAAGUAUAGCGAGAGCAGAUCGUCUUUAGAUUAUUCUUCAGACAGUGAGCAGUCAAGUGUUCAGGCCACACAGUCAGCCCAGGAAAAAGAGAAGCAGGGCCAAAUGGAAAGAACACAUAGUAAACAAGAAAAAAACAGAGGUGAAGAAAAAUCCAAGUCUGAACGGGAAUGCCCUCAUUCAAAAAAAAGAACUUCGAAAGAGAAUCUUUCUGAUCACCUUAGAAAUGGCAGUAAGCCCAAAAGGAAGAAUUAUGCUGGUAGUAAAUGGGACUCUGAGUCAAAUUCAGAACGAGAUGUAACUAAAAACAGUAAAAAUGAUUCCCAUCCAUCCUCUGACAAGGAGGAAGGUGAGGCCACAUCCGAUUCUGAAUCAGAGGUUAGUGAAAUUCACAUCAAAGUCAAACCCACAACCAAGUCGUCCGCAAAUACUUCACUGCCUGAUGAUAAUGGUGCUUGGAAAUCAAGCAAACAGCGCACAUCAACUUCUGACUCUGAGGGGUCCUGUUCCAAUUCGGAAAACAAUAGGGGAAAGCCACAAAAGCACAAACAUGGGUCAAAGGAAAAUCUUAAAAGAGAACACACCAAAAAAGUGAAAGAGAAAUUGAAAGGGAAAAAAGACAAAAAGCACAAGGCUCCAAAACGAAAGCAAGCAUUUCACUGGCAGCCUCCACUAGAGUUUGGUGAAGAGGAGGAGGAGGAGAUUGAUGACAAGCAAGUUACUCAGGAAUCAAAAGAGAAAAAAGUUUCUGAAAACAGUGAAACCAUAAAAGAUAAUAUUCCAAAAACUGAGAAAUCCAGUGAAGAGGACAACCUUUCAGGUAAACAUAAUACAGUGACUGUUUCAUCAGAUCUUGAUCAGUUUACUAAAGAUGAUAGUAAACUCAGUAUUUCUCCCACAGCUUUAAAUACGGAGGAAAAUGUGGCCUGUUUACAAAACAUUCAGCAUGUUGAAGAAAGUGUUCCCAAUGGAGUGGAAGAUGUGCUUCAAACAGAUGACAACAUGGAGAUCUGUACUCCUGAUAGGAGUUCCCCAGCAAAGGUAGAGGAGACUUCCCCUCUAGGAAAUGCACGGCUUGACACCCCAGAUAUAAACAUUGUUUUGAAGCCGGAUAUGGCAACGGAACAUCCUCAAGCAGAGGUAGUAAAACAGGAAAGCAGCAUGUCCGAAAGUAAAGUGUUGGGUGAAGUGGGGAAACAGGACAGCGGCUCUGGUAGCUUGGCUAGUGCUGGAGAAAGUACCGGGAAGAAGGAGGUGGCUGAGAAGAGCCAGAUCAACCUCAUUGAUAAGAAAUGGAAGCCCCUGCAAGGUGUGGGGAACCUGGCAGCACCUACUGCUGCCACAUCCAGUGCUGUGGAAGUUAAGGUGUUGACCACUGUGCCUGAAAUGAAACCACAAGGCUUGAGAAUAGAAAUUAAAAGCAAAAAUAAAGUUCGGCCUGGGUCUCUCUUUGAUGAAGUAAGAAAGACAGCACGCUUAAACCGUAGACCAAGAAAUCAGGAGAGUUCAAGUGAUGAGCAGACGCCUAGUCGGGAUGAUGACAGCCAGUCCAGGAGUCCAAGUAGAUCUCGAAGUAAAUCUGAAACCAAAUCAAGACACAGAACAAGGUCUGUCUCCUAUAGUCACUCAAGAAGUCGAUCGAGAAGUUCCACAUCAUCUUAUCGAUCAAGAAGCUACUCUAGAAGUCGGAGCAGAGGAUGGUACAGCAGAGGCCGAACCAGAAGCCGGAGCAGUUCCUACCGGAGUUACAAAAGUCACAGGACGUCCAGCAGGAGCAGAUCCAGGAGCAGCUCAUAUGAUCCCCACAGUCGAUCCAGCAGGUCCUACACCUACGAUAGCUACUAUAGCAGGAGUCGGAGUCGAAGUAGAAGCCAGAGAAGUGACAGUUACCACCGAGGCAGAAGUUAUAAUCGGCGGUCCAGGAGUUGUAGAUCUUAUGGCUCUGACAGUGAAAGUGACCGAAGUUACUCUCAUCACCGGAGCCCCAGUGAGAGCAGCAGAUAUAGUUGAAAACGUCCGAAUACAAAUUAUAUCUUAUUUGUAAAUAUCUGGCAACUUAAAAGCUUAAGAAACUUAAUGACAGUCUGUUGUUCUAUUUCAGUAUCAGAGGUGAAUUUCAAAAAUAGACACUUCUUAAUUGUUACUGGUUCAUUUACAUGUGGGGAGAAGAAUUUAAAAUACAGAUAUGUCUCCUAAAAAUAUUUUUAUGCCACAUUUUACAGUAGCCAACUAUGGAAAUGAACUUCAUUUUCUUGAAUCAAGAAAUCGUGAAAUUUAUCUAUGUAUAAUUUGCAAUAUUAUUUUAAGUCUAUUUCACUCUAUCUCACGUAUCCCUUAGAAUACAGAUUCUUUUUGCCUGUUUUUCCAGUUUUAGCAUAUAUGCUGCCAAGCAUAGAACUGUGAAGGAGAACUGUUAAAGGCGGCCAAAUAUUUAUAUACUGAUUACAUAGAGUCUUGUACAUAUGUGCUCUAAAAACAAACCACCCAGAAUUGAUACUGUUGGUAACCAGGAGUAUAAGGCAGUGGCUCUGGGGGGUUCUUAAUUCAUUCCUAACUUCUUUGAUACUUCACAGGAUUAGGAAAGUAGUCAUCAUACAUCCCAUACAGUCUGUAUUACUUCAGGCUUGUGGGCAAGGUUUAGGAAGAAUCAAUCAGCCUUAACUAUAAAUACCUGCACUGUCUCUGAGGACUUACUAUUUUAUGUUCUUUUUAAUCAAUACCGAUCAGAAGUUUAGGUUAUAAAAACAAUUCUACUUCAUGCUUUGGUGCUUGGUAAUUUUUGGUGCAUCUUUAAGCAUUACUCUUAUAUAUCAUAUAUUAAAAUACCAUAAAAGAGAAAAAUGAAAUUCAAAAAAAUCACUGGCACCAAAAAUGGUUUAUUCUGAGCUGUCUUCACUUUGACUAUUUGGGGGGCUUCUCUCAAGUACAGAUGUGGGUUGGGGUCCCCUGGAGCAGGCAGGAUUGGCAGUAGGAGAUACUGGCCACUCAAGUCUACUGCGUGUGUGUGCCUCUGGAAGAGUGAAGAAUGGACUUCAAAAGUAACAUCAAAAAUCUAACUGCCACCAUCCUGGAGACAUUUUGCAGGGCUUUCCUUUCAAGUCUUUCAAGUACAGGAUAUUACCACAACAGCAGCUGAACUGUUGUAACCAGCAUGUUUUUCCUGUUUCCACUGUGACCUGCAGCUGACUGAAAGCCUUGCAUGACCUGACCCAGGUGCAAGAGACAGGGGAAGAGGGAUAGAGGGUAUAGCAUAAAUUAUAUAUUUUCAUGGCUUUGGGUGGUUCCUCCAAAAAUAAUUGGACCUGUAAAAACGUGUGUGUGUGUGUGUGUGUGGUUUUUUUUUUUUAAUCUUUACUUUGAAUUUGUUCCCCAAGUGUACUUAAUCACCUUAGUGCCAGUUUAAUCCAGUUAUGCAGAAGAAAUUCAUAUUGGUUGCCUGAUGUAGAACUCAGCACCACCCUACCACAGGCCUUGUCUGGUGUAUUUGGGAAGUGGAAAAGAGCCCUCAGUUGGAGGGAGCUGACAACCCUUGGUGGAGGGAGGGUGCCCUUGAAUGUAUUAAAACUAUCACCCAAAGAAGGUAUGAAAACAGGGUAAGGUGGUCAGUUGUUUGCCAGGUCGAUAGACAGAAGUACAUUAGAAAACAGGACUUAGGCCAAACAAACAAUACUGGAUACUGAAUACAAAACAGUAUGAUUUAUAUUAAAGGUUUCCAAAGGUUGCCUGCAAAGGAGAAUAUUACUACUAGUCAGCAGGAAAAAAAUGCAUUCAGAACCCAAGCAGAAACUCCCAAAUGUAAUUAGGUUAAGAAAAGUUACCCUCGGGCAGUGUAUUAGUUUUCUAUUGCUGUGUGACAAAUUACCCCAAAUUUAGCAGUUUAAAAAACAACACCCACAGCAGUUCUGUAGCUCAUGAGUCUGGCACAGUGUGGCUGGAUUCUCUGCUCAGGGUCUUACAAGGCUGAAAUAAGGGUUGGCAGGACAACAUUCCUUCAUGGAGGCUCUGAGGAAGAAUCUGCUUCUAAGUUCAUUCAGGUUGUUGGUGGAAUUCAGUUCUUUGCUGGCUCUCAGCUGGGGGCCCCUCCGUCACCUCAAGGUUGCCUGCAUUCCUUCUUAUGUGGUCCCCUCCAGCUUCAAACCAGCCUUCCUGCUCUUUCUCAUGCUUCAGAUCUCUCUCCCGUCCUCUGUUUUAGGGGCAUAUGAUUAGCUCAAGCCCACAGAUAUAUUUUAAGGUUGAUUGUGCUAUAGAACAUAAUUGCAGGAGUACUAUCUCAUCUCAUCAUAUUCACGGGUUCCGGAGAUUAGCUCACUGAAAGGGGGAGGGGCAUUUUCAAAUUCUGCCUACCACAGGCAAUAACUGCCCAUCUCAGCUGUAGGUGGAACUUUAUCCAGAAAAGAUAGGCCCUAGAAGCCUCAUUUCUUUUCUCCAUGGAAAAGGAUAGCCCUCUGCUGCAGCAUUCAACUUGUGUGUUUACUGACUGAGUGAACUACAGAAAUAGCUUUUCUUCCUAAAGGGGAUUGUUCUACAUUUUGAAGUUAUUUUUUAAUAAAAUUGAAUUAUGUUGUGUAUUGUGCUUAAUAGGAAAUUCAUUAUUGGACUGUUUUUGUAACAUCCUGUUUAUUGCAAAUAGCUACUAUCGUUCAAAAACUGUAUUAAAUACUUUUGUACAUAUUAGCAAUGUCUAAUUUGUAUACACUUCAGUUAAAUUUCCCUAAAACUUGAAAGGGGACCUUGUAGAAAUUAAAAUAUAUACUUAGUCUGA